GUUUGGUUGCUAUGGAACUGCAGGGAAGGAAGAAGUAGCGUUUUAUUUCAGGUCUCUUUUCAAGUUGAGCAAUGAGGCCCAGGUUGGCUGAGGGUCGCCUGGAGGUCCUGCAGAUCUACCGGCUGCUGCAGAGCCUCCAUGGAAACGACAGCGUGCACGUAAAGAGCAUGGUGGAAAAUGGCGUGCCAAAUCUCAUCAAUCUCAUGGAGCCAAGAGACGGCCUCAGUGGGCUUCAUGUGGCAGUGACCACUGAGCGAGAAGAGCUGGUCAGCCUCCUCCUGUCCCUGGGAGCACGACCUGACGUCCAGGACAAACAAGGUCGCACACCGGCCAUGAUGGCAGCUGAGCUGGGAAAUGAAGAAAUCCUGACCCUACUGGCCGAACAUGAGGCAGAUUUCAGGCUCCAAGAUGCAGAGGGCAAAGGUUUGCUGUUCUACUGCAUUUCCCCUAAAUGGCAAUCCGCCUGCCUAAAGGUGGCGCUAAAUCACCAGCCAGACACCAACAAUGUGUCACGACAGGGCGCUCACAUCUUCCAGUUGAUGUGUGAAAAAGCUCAGGAGCACGGCGUGACGUGUCUCCUGGUGCUGGCGGAAGGUGCCGACCCCAAUGCAGCGGAUCAGAAAACAGGGGUGACCGCGUUGAUGACGGCGGUAAGAGAAGGCUGCCUGCAGCUUGUUCGAGCCAUUUUAAAGAAGGGGGGAAACCCAAACGCACGCGACAGAAAAGGCCGCACGCCGCUGCACUACGCUGCCAUGGAGGGGUUUUUUGAGGUCAUCCAGGUGCUCUCAGCGUUCUCAGCAGAUUUCGGGGUGGUGGACAUGGAGUUCUGCACGCCUCUCCACUACGCCGCAGCCACAGGCGACGCCGACUGCUGCAGGUUUCUGGCUCAGAGAGGUUGCAAUCCCAAACUGCGGAACCGGGACGGCCUUACGCCUCGGCAGGUCGCUAAAGACUGUUCCAACAAGGCGGCCGCCAAGGAGCUGAGGAAAGCCGAGAUGCAACGAGGGAAAGCGGAGAAGCGCAGCGGUGUGAAACUCCUGUCCCACCCCUGGGCCUUGACCUUACACGACUGGUCGAAUGAGUUCCAGGCCGAGUUGCAGCAGGCUUUUGGAGACAAGUCGGAGAUGGUCCCUUCUGAAAGGUUCUCUUCUGUGCUGAGAGAGCUGAACGCUCCGGUCGAUCAGGACCAGAUCCGAGUCGUGAUCUCAGCCAGUGACACGUUUAGGCAGGGCCUAGUCAGCGUCACGGACUUUAUUAAAGGUGUGAAGUACAUUCAGAAACCGUUUCUCCUGUCGUGUCAUAACCCGAAGCAGAAAAAGGAUUGGAAGGGCGGGAAGGCUGCUAGUAAGAAGAGUAAAUUUGUCCCGCCUAUUCCAAUCUGCACCCUCCCUGCAGAGGUCAUGCCUCGGCGUCCCGACGGCGGACCCCCGACCUUCAUGAUAGAAAAGUUCUAUAACCAGUCGGACACUAGCCGCUUCAGUCACGAUCGCCCACCGAAACACCCGGUGGAGAACGACUCGGCGUGGUACCAAGAGAGCCCACAGAAGCUCUACGUCAACAUCAACGAGUGUGUGACAAGCGGAGAUCUAGAAACUCUGGACCUGGCGUUUACUCAGGGAGUUCCUGUGGAUGUCCGGGACCUGUACUACAAAGACCCGCUGAUGGCGGCCUGCGCGAGCGGGAACUAUGAAGUGGCUCAGUAUCUCCUCAGCAAAGGGGCUAAUGUGAACAUGUGUGACCAGUUCCUGUGGACGCCGCUCCAUCAUGCCGCACAGGCGGGACGGGUGGAGCUGGUGGAUCUUCUCCUCAGAGCCGGGGCCAACAUAGAAGCCCGGACCCUCGGUGGAGGGACGCCUCUCAUGAGAGCCAUCCAGAGCUGUCGUCCCGCCUGUGUGGACUUCCUCAUCAAGGCUGGCGCCAACGUGAAAGCAGAGAACAGAAGAGGACAAAGCUGCCUGGACGUGGCCAGUGUGUUUGCAGACCUGAGGAUAUUUGAUUUGGUCAAGGACAGGUUGGAUUCUCUGCCAAAGCCCAAAGAAGCUAAACUGGGAAGUCGGGUGACGCCGAGGAGAUCCAGAGCUGACGUGAAAAAGAUCAGCAUAGGAACUUUGAACACGUCAACAGCAACAACAGUGAAGAGCAUUUCCCUGAAGCAGAGCAGGAGCCUCAUCCUGCACACCAACACCAACAUCACCACUCGAAAAACAAGCCACGUGGACAUCACCUUUGUGCCAAAAACGGUGUGGGGAAAACCCCCGACGACCAGCCAGCUGCUGUCAAAAAUGGAAAGAGGAAAAGAGCCUGCAUCCCUGGAGGUCAGCUUUGACGACUUCAUGAUGCCAUUCAGCCAUCAGAACACACAGGCCCAACCGAAAACAACUGACUAGACUGGACAGAGGUUUGGAGGAAAAUCAAUGCAUAAACACACUCCAACACCUCACAUCGAAGGCUGUUUUGCCGCAUAAAUAUCUGAAAGGAUUGAUGUUUUUAUCACAGUAACAGUCUUAAUAACAUCUUGAAGUUUUGAGAUUUGCUUGUUAUUGUAAAGUAUGUACUUUUUUACAGGGAUUUUGAAGUCAAAUCCAAACUACAUCGUCUUGACUGGCUCCGGGGUCUGUUAAAAUACUUCCCAGUUUCUCUUUGGGACGAUCUGUGUAAGGGUAUUGAAGAAUAAUGUUAGUCAUUUUAAUACGCUUAUGUUGAAUAAAUAUUUUAUAAUUGUGUUACAUUAAUAAUUACAAACCUAUUUGCCUCAGUUGUGUUUUUCAGGAUUGAUUUUGUUCUUCAUCUUUAGGGACUUUAGCGAGCGUGAGACCGAUUUCUAAUAAACAGUUUAA